AUGACCGCCGCAGGCUUGGAACAAUUGGUGGAAGAAGUGUCACGAGAAUGCUCAUCACAUCACCUACCACAAAGACGACCAAGCAAAGAGUGCCCUAGUUGCGAAGACGCCAACCGCGUUCUGAUAAUCUCUAGUUGGCUGAAAAGUGUUGAGUCUAUUCUGUAUGAGCAGCUGGGUGCAGGCGAUAUUGAGGAGGAUAGUUUCGAUCAUAAACUGCAAAAAGAAUCUAUCUGGGCAAGGCAAGAGGUGGAGCUUGUUCUUGUCAAGGCAGAGAUUAGACGAUUGAGGGAUAAGGUCGAAAAAUUAGAAACUCAAGCUAAGCUUUAA